AUGGAUCCCUUCAACAUCAUGGUGGGCACUUUACCCCCACGCCUAAUGGAGUCCUACAUGAUUUGCCGCCAUCAAGCCGAGGCUGUGGUCCGAAAGAUCGCCAUCGUUAUCGAGAGCAUGACCAACCUCAAGGCUGAAGGGCACCGCCUCUUGAUCUACGUUAAGGAUCCCGCGUCCGCACGAGAGGCACAAGAUAUGCUGAACCGGGCCGGGUUCAACACGUUUGACUUUUGUGACCCGUGCCACUCCCGUCGUGAGUGUGCCUCUGGCCUUGCCAAGUUCAACGACCCUGGCAACUCGGAAUUCGACGUCUUGAUCACCUCGUAUCGACGUGGGGCAAAUGGAGGAAACUUCUACGGCGCCUGCCGCCGUGCGGUCAUUGCGGAGUACCCUGAUGACAUUCGGACCCUGUACAAAGCUCGACAAUCACUUGACCAUAUCCGGCAGACAGAGACGCCUAGAUGGGUCACAAUGUACAUCAACCACUCGUACGAUGCGAAGGAAGAGUUUCAGCUGGCCCAGCAGGAAGCCAGAAUGAUUAUCGAGGCUCCUGAGUUGCACCAAUCCCUAUCCACUGACUUCACGGUGCCCCCGAUCGACGAGCGAAUCACUGGCCAGCACCGACUCAUUUGUGCCUUUGAGAUUCUCCAGCAGAUCCAGAUCACUGAAUUCAGCAAGUACCCCAAAGCUCGCAUGGACUGGUCCGAGAUGGACAUGCCCGAGGCGAACCUCGAAGGGCAGUUCUACGCUGCUGUUGGGCGAUUCCUGAUGGCGAACCCGACCACUACUGACAAGUUCACCACGGAGACUAUGGAGAAGAUUGCUCUUCGAUGGGAGCCAGGCAAGGAUCUGUCCAUGGACCGCGUCGUGGGAAACUGCCCUGCCCUGCCCAACGGUGUCAAGAUCUACAACUACGUGAAGCCAGGCAAGGGUCGUGGCAUGCUUUGA